AUGGGUGCCGCCAUCUCGCGUUGCGCAAAUGCCAUCAUCUCUGAGCAGAGGUGGACCCGUGCCGCCACGGCACGUGGCGAGCGUGCCGGACAGGUCUACGGCCAGCUGGCCACUGGACUCCGGGCCUCCCGGUGCGGACGCCUUCGGUCGAGGGUGGAGGCGUGCGCCGCUGUGCUCUGGACGGGUGCACUUGUGACGUUGCUGUACUACAGCACCUCCGAGACUCUAGCCAUACUGAAGGAGUACUUCACGUACAGCGUGGCCGUCGCGUUCGAGUACAACACCAACACGUCAUUCGAGCUGCCCGACGUCACCGUGUGCAACGUCAACCCGUUGCGUAGGUCAAAACUAUGCGCUCUCAACGCCUCAGAGCGGGAAAUGAGCUCCGAGCUGGAGAAACGCGUCUGCGGCGAAGGACAAGACAUACAAGAGCGUGUUACUGCAGCGCAAAUGCCAUCAUCUCUGAGCAGAGGUGGACCCGGCCGCCACGGCACGUGGCGAGCGUGCGGACAGGUCUACGGCCAGCUGGCACUGGACUCCGGCCUCCCGGGUGCGGACGCCUUCGUCGAGGGUGGAGGCGUGCGCCGCUUGCUCUGGACGGGUGCACUUGUGACGUUGCUGUACUACAGCACCUCCGAGACUCUCGCCAUACUGAAGGAGUACUUCACGUACAGCGUGGCCGUCGCGUUCGAGUACAACACCAACACGUCAUUCGAGCUGCCCACGUCACCGUGUGCAACGUCAACCCGUUGCGCCAAUCCAGACGACCUAAAGCUACAGCAGCAGAUAUCGGACUGGAUUGCGCACCACAAGACCAAGAACCGCGAAUGGCUCAGAACACUCGGUCAUCAGUUUGCCGGCACUUUCUUCGACUGCACUUACCACAACCAGGACUGCAAGGACGCGUCGCUCUACCGUAAGAUCAUUAACGUGCUUUACGGAAACUGCUUCUGCUUCCUCUGUGGUCACAAGGAGCGAAUGGAGUACAGCGCCCUGUCGUCACCGUACGAUGGGCUCGUGAUCACGCUGAAUCCAGAGCUGCAUGAAUACCUGCCCACUUCCUACCAGGCAGGCUUCAUUGCUAUGGUGCACGCACAUGGCACCAGGUUCUCGGUCUGUCAGGAUAGCGUAUACCUCUCUCCAGGCUACACCACGUACGUCGGCCUAAACCUGUUGGCGCAGACGAAUUUGCCAGAGCCAUACGCCAAUCCCUGUCGCUCCACGUGGCCUCCCGGACUGUUCAACCAGAUGGACCGCAUGUAUGGCGCCUACACUCGCGUGGACUGCCUGAACAUAUGUCUUCAGGUGAAAAUUGUGGAGACCUGCAAAUGUCUGGCUGCACAGCUUCCGCAGCUCUACACGCUGGCGCAACGAUACGGGAUCUGCGUAGACAAGAGUCGGGAUAUAAGUUACAACCGUGACGUGACCAUGACGGAGCUGAGAGAGGGUGUCGCGGGUCCGAUCAACGAAAAUGGGCCACCGGCUCGCUUGGUCCUGUACUUCAACUCACUCACCUACGAGCAUGUACGUUCAAUGCCGAAGUACGACGAAACCCACGUGCUGGGAAACCUUGGCGGCAUCAUAGGCAUGUACCUGGGCCUGUCCUUCUUUGUUCUCUUUCAAGUCCUCGACAUCCUUGUGGUUGGGACGCUGCGACUCAAGAAGAUGCUACACUGA